GCGAUGUGCUCCGCCGCUCCUGAGGCGCUCGUAGAGUGGUGCGAUGGCGUGGGUCGCAAGGGGUCUUAGGACCGUCCGGUUCCGUCCGCUGCCGCAGGCUGGUUGCCGCCCACCGGAUCGGCUUUGCUUAAAACCCCAUCCCACCCGGUUGGAGCAUCCGCAGGUUUUUGGGCAGGCGGUGCCGGGGCCUCGCUGCCCCGUGAAGAAUUCCACAUCUGCUCGUACCCACAAGUCCAUCACUUUUGAGGUUCUCCAUCACUUGUGCUGUGCUCCAUCACGAUGCUCCCCACCCCCGGAGGUGCUCAAUUGCAGGCUGGAUGGGGCCCUGGGCAGCCUGAACUGGUGGGUGGCAUCUGGCCCGCAGCAGCAGGGUGGAGCUGGGUGAUCUUUAAGGUCUUUUUCCAUCUUAGUCACUCUGUGAUCGAUCACAGCAUGCUCCAUCAGCCUUGAGAUGCUUUAUCAUCUAUAAGAUGAUCCAUUAGUUGUGAUGCACUCCAUCACUUCUGAGACGCUUAAUGUGCUUUGAGACACAUCUUCCAUUAUGAGAUGCUCCGUGGGUGAUCCUCCAGCCUCCAUGAGAAGAGACAAAAGGACCACAUGUCCCAGCUGAGGAGCAGCAGCGUGGGCAGCCUCCUGGGAUACUCUGCAGCCAGCCCUGCGUGCUGGGAGGUGACAAGGCCAGCCCCGGCACUGACGUACUGUGGGGAUGAUCCAACCCAUAGCAACAUUUUGAAUCCCGCUGCCUGCAGCUGCAGGCAGUACCCCGUAGCCCUGGCAGGUCCUCUGGGUGCACGUGGAGGAGCUGGGAGUGCUGCCAUGGGGCUUCGGCUGCGCAGGAGUGCCAGCUUCACCCCCGAGCACCCGGCCCUCCUGGAGCUGCCCAGCCCUGUCGCCCUGAGAGCAGAAGCCAAUGUGCUGGUGAUGGGAGCAGACAGCGUGGGGAAAUCAGCCCUGACUGUACGUUUCCUUACGAGGCGCUUUAUCGGGGAGUACGGAGACAUGGAAUUCAUCUACAGCCACACGGUGACCGUGGAUGGCCGAGAGGUUCUCUUCCACAUCUGGGAUGUCCCCAGCUCACAGGACCAGGCUGAUGAUGGUUCCUCGGAGGAGAAACGAAUCCAGUGGGCAGACUGCUUCAUCCUGGUCUACAGCAUCUGCGACCGCGCCAGCUUCAACCUCCUGCCCCUCAAAGUGCAGUUCAUUAGGGCGGCCAAGGAGGGACAGGAGCAGGUGCCCAUCGUCAUCGUGGGCAACAAGCGGGACCUGCAGCACCGGCGGGCUGUCUCCAGCGAGGAGGGACGGCUCCUGGCCCUGUCUCUGGACUGUGGCUUCUAUGAGGUCUCUGCGGCCGAGGCCUACCACGGGGCUCUCAUGGUGUUCCAUGGACUGGCUGAGCGCAUCCCCGACACCAGGCUGAAAAGAGGUGCCGGCAUCCGAGGCAUCGUCAGGACGGUGUCGGCAGUGUUUGCCCGUAAGCGGACGGACUCACUCUGAGCAGCGUCUUUGUUUCUUGUUGUGUAGCUGGAUGAGGCCUCCUGUGUUCUGUGCAGAUUGGAUGUGUCCCAGGAGCGUGGCAGGUUCUCCAAACCCCAUGAUCUGGGUCUCUGGCUGUACGUGACCAGCAAGGCAAGGGCCUUCCUCUGCUCAGCCCUCAGCUCUUGGCUCUGUUAUUGUCUGCAGCAUCCCCAGCUCCUUCUGUGGGCUAGCAGGGAGGACAUGCAGCUACGUCCUGCUCCGUGUCCCUGUUGUCACCCUGGCAUCCUGGCCGUGCCAGUACUGAGCCUGGAGGACAGCAGGCAGAGUCCUUCACCCUCCAUCCCAUUGCAUCUCAUCCUCUCCCACCCCAUCUCAUCCUAUGUGACUCCAAGCAGUACUGUGCUGCUGACCUCCCUCCUGCAGCCUUUUGGUGACAGCCCAGGCUCAGCAUGGGAAAGUCAGGCACUGGGCUUUUUCCCAGGGUGUGGGACUGUACCGUGUGUCUCAUAAAUGCAGACCUCUGAGCCUGCCUGUCCCCGGGGAGGAAGAGGAGGGGGGCAGGGAGGCCUUUCCCCUUCUCUGCUGUUCCUGGGAAUGCAGUGUGUAGGAAGGAGGUUGUGUAUGUGCAGUGCAGACAGAUUGCUCUGCACUGUUCUGCAAAUGGAAUAAAUCUUUG